AUCGGCAUCUCCAAGGCAGUAGUAGAGACUGAGCAAAGUCAGUUAGAAUCCUCUCACACUCUUCCCCAAGAAUGUGAAACUGCUACUAAUACCACAAGACUAAACGAGACAGUCAAAGACACUUCAGCUCCGAAAACACUCAAUCCCCUUACAAUAGACAAUACUCAAGAUGUUUUUGAGAAAAUGUAUGAAGCACGAGAGAAGUGGCGUAACAUUGGGGGAGUCUUCCAUCUUUCUGAGUCAACUCUGGAUAAUAUUGACUUCGAGAACAGAAACAAUGACGACAAGCUACGCAAGGUCAUCAUUGAAUGGCUCAAUAGAUAUGGAGGAACUGGAGAUUGCACUUGGACCCAUGUGGCCAUGGCACUGAGAAAUAAAACUGUGGCUCGAGAAGAUGUUGCUCCUGAGGUGUUAGAGCAGCAUCCCCAGCCAUGGAGUGUUCCUCCUCCCUCCCUUCCUCCUCCACACACUUCCCCUGACUCAGGAUCUGGAGCUACUGCAGCUGCUCCGAAACCCAGUACCUCCCAACCUAAAGCAGAUGGAGUUGUUAUUUGCUGGUAA